AUGUCCGCAAGAUUUCACCUCCGUUACUUCUCCAUUCUCUUUCCACUCUCAAUUCCCGCCCUUCUUUUCCUCCCCGCCCCCCUUCUCACUCUCUCAAUUUCCCUGCCGCUCUUUUGUUGCACCCCCCUGUUAGAGGAGAACAAACGGCUGAGGGGGGAGAGGGUGGAAGAUGGCACUGUAACGGUGGACAAGCCGUUGUAUGAGAUUUUGAAAGAGCAGAAGGAGAAGAAAGAAGCGGAGCACAAGGAGAAAUUCAAAAACCGCCCACCCAGGGCAUUGGAUGAGGACGAGCUGGAGUUUCUCGAAGCCGUGGAGCAGAAGAAGAGGGAGGACGAAAAGGAGAAAGACGACGAAGACAAGCGUGCACUGUCAGAGUUUCAGGCCGCGCUCUUGAGCCGAACAGUCACUGUUGAUUCCCAUUCCACUCAUGCCACUCCUGAGUUGGCCACGGCACAAGCAACUGGUGCUCCCGGCUCUUCUGGUUCUUCCAUAGUGGCUGCUGUUCGGAAACGAAAGGAGCCGGAUCUCCCACUCAUGCCUCGUCUGGGCGUGAAGUUCCCCCAACAGCAGCAGCAGCAGCAGCAGCAGUCCGAGCAAGCGGAAGAGCUUCCGUGGGACCAUGGCGACAACGUUCCCGUCGCCCCCGUUAUCGCGUUCCCUGGUAACCACCCGAGCGUCGCUGGUAACCUCGCGGGUAACCACAUGGGUGUCGCGAGUAACCACGGUGGUAACCACCGCCGAUCGCGAUCCAUGGGAAUGGGGGCUAUGGGUAUGGGGGCCAUUGCGCCUGAUUUUCUCGCGCAGAUGGGAGCACCGGGACAGUUUCCGCCAGGCCCCGCGGGAGCGGGGAGAGGCGCGCAUCCGCCUGCGCCAGAGGGGAGAGGGGAGGCGGGAGCGCAGGGGAGAGUCGGGGGCGAUAUGGACGGGCGCGGAAGAGGGGGAGGCGCGGGCGGAGGAGUUAGCGGCCCAGGGGAAGGUCCGAGGGGGAAAGGCGGAGUGGGGGGGGAAACCAGAGGUCCAAGCGGCGGAGGGCAGGAGGCGCAAGGCAAGGGGGCGAAUUUAGACAGUAUUGACCCUCGGUUUAAGCCUAAGUUCAUAAAAUCCGGCGGGCGGGUGUGGGAGAUGUUUUCAGGACCGUCCGUUAAUAUUCUGAGGAGAGAGGACGACGCGGAUUUGCCGCCGGAGGACUUAGCAGCUAUGGUUGCCGUGCCUGUCGCGAAGCCCUCGCGCCAUCGGCGCACCAAGUCCGCCUUCCCCGCGGACUCCGGGCAGUUCUUGCAGGAAAUGGACUUCCGCGGAGGGGAAGGGGGGAACAGAUCGGGGGAAGGGGCGGACGGGGAAGGGGGAGGCGGAACAGGAGCGUGGGGAGGCGGAGGGGGAGGUGGGGGCGGGAAAGCGGGCGGAAUGGGGGCUGGGGGAACUGUUGGGGGGAGGGGGAGCGGGCCUGCAGGCGGGCAGAGAAUGUUAUCGUCGGCAGGGGGGGUAAGGCGCGCCUCCCUUGACGGCGGCGGAAGGGGCGCUCCCCUUGAAGAGGGGGUAAGGCGCGCCUCUCUUGACGGAGGACGGAUCCCCGCGCCAGUCCCCUCCUCCUUCUCAGACCCUUCCAAACCGAUCCCCACCCAUCCUCUGAGGCAUCGGUCUAUGGACCUUUCAAGUAGUAACACUAGUUAUGGUAACAAUAGUUACAGUAACAGUAGCUAUGGCAGUGGCCCCGGAGGAGAUGGGGGAAGUGACGCAUUGGGGGGGAAUGCGCGCAAGGGGAUUGGGGGAGGGUCUGUGGGCGGGGGUCUAGGCGGGGGAGGGUUGGGGCGGGGGGGAGCAGCGCGAGGGCAGGGCAGCGGGAGGGAAAGGGGCGCACAAUCCCCCCUUGGGCAAAUCCGUGAGCAUGGGGACGAUAACGAGGAGGAUAGUAACGAGAAUUUCUUGCAGCAACACCAGGAUGGCAAUUCUGGGAAGUACGGAAGGGGGAAUCAUGCUUCAGGCCAAGCUUCCGCCCUCCUUUCCCCCCUGCACGGCGGAAGCCUUGGGGGCGGGUUCUCUGGGGGAGGCGGAAGGGGCGGCGGAGGCGGAGGGGGACGAGGCGCAGGGGGAGGGGGCGGGGGGCAGGGUCACAGGCGCAGUCAGAGCUUGCAGGGGCCUGGGGGAGGGGGCUGGGGGUUCUCUGGAGGGGGGGGCGGGGAUGGGUGGGCGGGGGGAAGCUAUCAGGCGGAGCAGGCGCAGGGGCAGGCGCAAGGGCAGGGGCAGGGGCAGGGGCUGGGGCAGGGGCCGGGGGGGCGGAUGCGGAGACCUAGCACGGGGCAGAUGGGGAGAGGCGGGGGCGUGGGGGAAACGGGCGGGGUGGGGGGAGGGGGACGAGGCGGAGGCAGGGGAUGGGUUGGGGGAAGAGGCGGAGGAGGGGGGGAAUUGGGGGGAGCAAGAGGUGGAGGGGAAGGAAAUGGUAUGAUGGGAGAUGGAGAGCUGGAGGACAGAGUGAGAGAGGAGGAGGGAGCAGGGGAGGAGGAAGGAGAGGAGGAGGGAGGAGAGGAGGAGGGAGGAGAGGAGGGAGCAGAAGUGGAGGAUGGGAGGGUGCUUCCGGGGGAAGAGGGGGAUGAUGAGGACGUUCCGCUUGCUCCUGUUUCCCCUGUUCCUGUGCACUGGGGUGCAGCUAACACAGGGUUUAAGGUCCCAAACUCAGGCGGAGAAGGGAUGGGGGAAGGAGCGGGAGCAGCAGGCGUGAGGAUGGACGAUAUGGGUCAACAGACGCAGCAGCAGCAGCAGCAGCAGCAGCAGCAGCAGCAUCAGCAGCUGAGUGAGCAUCAGCUGAUGCUGCAGCGGAGACACCAGCAGAAUGAGCAGGCGAUUCAGAAGGAGCGGGAGAAGCAGGCGAGUAUGCAGGGGCAGCAGAUACAGCAGCAGCACCAGGGGCAGUACCAUCAUCAUCAUCAGCAGCAGCAGCAGCAGGGGCAUCAGGGGCGUGUGGGUCACAGGAGGAGUCAUUCCAUGGGAAUGGCGGGAGUGGGCGGCUUUCCCUCUGACCUGGGGCAGCCGAUGUUCUCUCCUCAACAACCCAUGGGGCUUCUACAGCAGCAACAGCAGCAGCAGCAGCAGCAGCAGCAGCAGCAGCAGCAGCAGCAGCAGCAGCAGUGGCAGCAGCAGCAACGGUACAACCAGCAGCAGCAACAGCAGCAGCAUCAGGGGCAGGGGCAGAGGCAGGGGCAGGGGUGGCAGCAGGGAUCGUGGCAGGAGCAGCAAUACGAGACAGAGGAGGAAAUCGACCAGCAGGAGCUGUUCCGAUCCUCCACCGCCCCGGCCAAACCUGCAGGCUCGGCGAGAGCUGUUGCUGCCACUGCUGUGCGUUCUGGUGGCAGUGGAAAGGAAUUCGGUGGGCAACCCAUUAUAAGCACUAAGAGUUAUACGAGCCCCAGUCCCUCCAAACUUCACCCUCAUUAUAGUCCCGCAGGAGGGGGGAGAGGAGGAGGGGAAGGAGGAGGGGGAUGGGGAGGGGGAGGGGGAGGGGGAGGGGGAGGGAGAGGAGAUGGGGGAAUAGCAGGGGGAUUUGGAGCAGGAGGGGGAGGGGGAAGAGGGGCGGCAUCACAAGGCAUGUCACGGCAUAAGAGGACAAUGUCAGCUAGUGCUGCUGGUGGCGCAUUUGCGGGAUAUUCUGCUGUUGCAGGCUUUGAUCCCGGUUUUGGUGCUGGUGCUGGUGGUGCCGGUGCUGGUGCUGGUAAUCCUGCUGCAGGUGGUUUCGGUGCUGGUGGUGGUGCAGGUGGUGCAGGUGCUGAUGGUGCUAUUAUUUCUGCUGCCGGUGGUUUUGCUGCUGUUGGUGGUGCCCCUGGUGUUCCUGCAACUGGUUACCACAUUGGUGGUAACACUGGUGCUCGUUUGCCGCCCCCUCACUCCCCCGCUCGUCAAGGGGGUGGGAUUCAACCGACCCAACAACACUCCUCUCCUCCUCCCCCUCACCGCCACUCUCGCUCCCACUCUCACUCGCCCUCCCCUCCCAAACCCCACCCUCACCCCCAUACUCACUCCGUUUCUUCUCCCAAGUCCCACUCUCACUCCCACACUCACUCUAUUUCUUCUCCAAAGUCCCGCUCUCACUCCCACCCUCACUCCGUUUCUUCUCCCAAGCCCCAUCCUCACUCACUUGCUCACUCGCACUCCCCGCCAAAGCCUCUCCCUCACUCCCCCCGCUCCCCCCACCCCUCAUCCUCCCCCAAUCCCCCCAUUUCCCCAAACUCUGCUGGGGGGAGCUGGGGGGAAAGGGCGGCAGGGGGAGUUGGGGGAAUGGGGGGAAUGGGGGGAGGAAGGCGAGGGGGGUCACCCCUCCGUCCGUCUGCAGGGAAAGGGGGAGGACUGGGGGGAGCUAGGGGAGGGAUAGGAAGAGCAGAAGGUGCAGGGGCAACACUUGCUGCUGGCGUUGCUGGUGCUUCUGGUGGUGGUUUGAGCGUGCUGAGACGGCCCUUUGAGGAUAUAACGGAGCAGUUCUUACUGAGACCUGCGGAGGGAGGUGGAGGUGUUGGAGGCGAUGAGAGGGCAUCCCUGCUCGGUGCAACUGCAGGGGGUGGACCUGUGGCAGAGAGUAUAGCAGGGAGGAGCGUAUGGGGAGAGGGAGGCGGCUGCAGUGGUGGGGCGGCUGGUGGGGCUGCUGAGGGACCCGCACAGUGCCCACCCACCCAGGGCAUCAUGCAUCGGGAUGUGAAGCCGGAGAAUGUUCACACCCACGCUGCUGAGAGUCCUGCACGCCCAGGGGAUCAUGCGCACACUCUUAUACCUCUCUCCCACGUGCAUCUGGUGAUGGAUCUGUGUCAAGGGGGGGACGUAUGGCAGCGCGUGAAGCAGGGGGGGGCGUAUGGGGAAAGAGAGGCGGCAGCAGUGGUGGGGCGGCUGGUGGGGCGGCUGAGGGGCCUGCACGCGCAGGGGAUCAUGCUCACACACUCUCAUACCCUUCUCUUCCACGUUCAUCUAGUAAUGGAUUUGUGUCAAGGCGGGGACCUGUGGCAGCGGGUGCAGCAGGGGGGGGCGUAUGGGGAGAGGGAGGCGGCAGCAGUGGUGGGGCGGCUGGUGGGACUGCUAAGGGACCUGCAUGCCCAGGGGAUCAUGCAUCGCGAUGUGAAGCCGGAGAAUGUGCUUCUAAGGAGGGAGGAUGAUGAUGUGGAUGUUGCAGUUAUUGACUAUGGGGUUUCGGUGUUCUUCAAUCCAGGUGAACGCUUUUCUGAGAUCGUGGGCUCGCCAUUCUACAUCGCCCCAGAGGUCCUCCACGAAUCCUACGGUCCAGAAUCCGACAUCUGGGCGGCCGGAGUGAUCCUGUUCGUCCUUUUGUCGGGGGUACUUCCCUUUUGGGGUGACUCAGACGAGGGGGUGUUUCGGGCGAUAUUGGAGAAGAGUGUGGAGGAGGAGGUGGAGAGGGAGGGAGUGUGGGAGAGGGUGUCAGACGAAGCGAAGGAUCUGGUGAUGCGUAUGCUGUCAAAAGACGCCGCCCUGAGAAUCACUGCAGAUGAAAUUCUUGGCUAUCCGUUACAGCGAGCAGCAGACGCCGCAGCGGUCCUCUCCUCUGUGAGGCGAGUGGAAGGGGGAGGAGCCUACGAGCUGGAGAACGUCUCCGACGCCACGCACUACAGCGAGCAGCAGGUGCCAUUGCGGUCCGCUUAUCUGACGCCACACACACUACAGCGAGCAGCAGGUGCCAUUGCGGUAAUCUUCUCUGACGCCACGCACUACAGCGAGCACCAGGUGCCGCAGCGGUCCGCUGUGAGGCGAGUGGAGGGGGGAGGAGCAUACGAGCUGGAGAACGUGUGCAUACAUGCUCGCUUCAAGGGAGGAGUGACUCUGUAUGGAGUAGAGGAUGUUUUGGGUGAUGGUGAUGGCUUACCACUGUGCAACGAAGCAGGCUGUUUUACCUUUCCAGUCACCUACACCAAUGACAAGCUGCCACGUGGCAAGAGGGGGCACAGCGGGUGGAUUGAGGACGCUACAGCUGUCAUCAUGCCGCUGACGGCCGGCAAUCCUUGGCAUUUUCUGCACCACGUGAUACCUUUGUCACAUCUCCUCUCCUCUCAGCACCACGCCCUGCGCAACAACACAGCGCACCUCUUCCCGUGCCUGGCCAGAGGGGUCGAGGGCAUGUUAGCCCACGCCUCCCACAUACAUGGGAGCGAUGCCACUGGAAUGGGGCAUGGGAGCGAUGCCACACACAUCACUGCCGCUGGAAUCUCUGUGCCGCCCCCUGACUACUACUCCACUCGCCACUUCCCGUGGUGGCCUCUCCUCGCUGCUGCUGCCCCUCCAGGCGUCACUCUCUACCAGCAUGAACCUGCACAUAUUCCUGCUGCUGCGCACAUCGCUGCUGCUGGCAUGAUGGCAUCUCUGUGCCGCCCUCUGACUACUACUCCACUCGCUCGCCACUUCCCCUGGUGGCCUCUGCUCGCUGCUACUGCCCCUCCGGGUGUGACUCUCUAUCAGGUGUGUGUUGCUACACGCAUGCCUUUCACACCCAUGACCAUGAGCAUGAACCUGCACGCACCACUGCUGCGCUCAUCACUGUUGCUGGCAUCUCUGUGCCCCCCCCUGACUACUACUCCACUCGCCACUUCCCCUGGUGGCCUCUCCUCGCUGCCACCGCCCCUCCAGGCGUCACCCUCUACCAGGGGACAAAAGGUGAAUCAAAUCGAGAACGUGCCCCGUGAUCUGAUGAAAAUCAAAUCUCGUCGCCGCCUCUCCUCUCAAAGGCACCACCACCUCCGCCGCCUCCUCUCAUCUUUGGUAACCGUCUCAGAGGUGGCGGCGCUAGCAGCGAACCGCUCCUCCCCCUUCGUGUGCUACCGCCACGCCUUCCUGGGUUUGCCUCCGGCCUUCUCCCCUGGCCCGCUGCUGCAGAGGCGCCCCCCGUUACUCCCCCUCGAGUCAUUUCAAGCAUUCAGACGGCGAGCUCUAGCGCUUGCUGGCAUCACAGAGGACAGCGAUUCUAAACCACACGUUUUUCCGCACUCAACGUCGUCCUCUUUGCCGUCCGCCACGUCAGCACCACUCUCCACAUCCACAUCACUCCUCCCCACCCGCCCUCCUCCUCUCUCUACGCGGCCUUUGAUGGGCAUCAUCGCUCGUGAUAGGAUGCGCCGCCUCUGCCACCUACCAGAUCUGGUAAGAGCAGCGGAGUCGGCAGGGUUCGAGGUGCGAGUGCUGCAGUUUGAAAAGAUUGACGUGUGGCAGCAGAUUCGAGAGGCACACCAGCUAGACGUGCUGGCAGGCAGUCACGGUGCAGGCAUGAGUAACCUCAUCUGGUUACCACCCCACGCCCAAGUGCUGGAAAUCUAUCCAGCGCGCCCCACCCCCUUCCUCCUGCCAGCUCGCAACCUCAACCCUGCUUCCGACUAUGGCCGCUGGGCUAGUCUCUUUCAGGUUGACCAUGCUGUUGCCAUACAGUGCCCGUUGCAGGAUGAACAGUGCCAGGUGGCUGAGCAGGUGGAGGAUCAGACGAUUUUCCCGCAGCAGCACCAGCAGCAGCAGCAGCACCAGCAGCAGCAGCAGUAG